UCGCAUCACCGCUCGCUCUUGUCCCUUAUUAGCUUUAUGCCUGCUUCGAUGCGGCUCUUUUUAUCAAAGACUGCUCAAUAAGCAACAACCCUCCCUCUCUCCCCCAUGGAAGCUACGACUUCUGCAAUGCCUGUAACCGAUAUUCUACGAACAAAAUCGAUGCAAGCGUCGCUAUUGUGGCUCGAGGGUUUUAGAGAAGCGUGUUGCCUUCACAGAGUUUUCAUUCUCUGCCGUAGGUCAAGAAAUCUGUCAAUCCGAACAGGACAGUGUUUUCUGUUGAACGGCUUCAUCUUCUUAGGAAGUAUCUUUGUCAUGAAGUCCAUUGUCCUCCCAACAUUAUGGUGGAUAUUACCGGAAAAGUGCCCAGUAAAUGACGACCAACAAAUAUGCUUAUUUGGAAACAUAUUAAAAGUUUAUUACUUCUUGCGACUUGGACUUGUACAACUCUUUUACGUAUGUUGGUUCUACCCCUUGUAUGUGCUAAGCUUCAUUCUGAGCACUAUGUGGUAUAAUGACAUUGCUAAAUAUGGUUUUGCCGCAAUGGAUGGAUCUGGCCUUGCUGCAGCGAAACCGUCAAGCCAAGACAAUAUGUUUGCCUCACCACAUACGGCUAAGAAGGAAAGGCUAUUUAACCUUGGAAGUGUCAUGAUUGGAUUUGGAGAACAGGUGUAUUCCAUACUUCUUCUGACGACCUUCUUCCUGGAGGUCUAUGCUAUUGGGUUUAUGCCCUAUAUUGGAAAAUCACUCCGUUUCUUACUUCUUUCCUGGAUGUAUGCCUACUAUUGUUUUGAGUACAAAUGGAAUUUAUCUGAAGUGGCAUUGGACAAAAGGCUGGACUUCUUUGAAUCUAAUUGGGCCUUUUUUGCUGGUUUCGGGAGCCCCUAUGCUAUGCCAACAUUAUUUUUUUCACCUCUUGUUAGUUCUGGGAUGAUGGGUAUCCUUUUCCCACUGUUUGUUCUGACUGCAACUAGCUCAGGUGCUGAAAAUUUUAUUUCUUCUAAGAGAAGGGGACCGGGAGGUGCAAGAUUGGGAAGACUUCCUAUAUUUUAUGCGGCAGAUACUUUGUCGAAGCGUAUCUUGUAUCUGCUACCAUUGGAAUCUCGGGAACAAUUGCCUGACGAUAAGACACUUUGAGAACACAUUGCAACACGCACCAGAUGCUCAGUUGAUUUCUGCUCAAACCUUCGACCAAUAUUUGGUGCAGUUAUUGAGGUAAAAGCAAAACAACAGCUGAACGGAAUUAUAUUAUGUAUCAGUCUCUGGAUACUGUAUAUUAUAUCUUCCAUAUGUAUAUUUAUUUAACCUUAAACCAAAAGAAAAAAAAAAAUCCUUUUAACUUUUUAAG